UAUGAUACUCUCACUAUGGCCAGCCUUAGUAACCUGCUUUCUAGAUUCCGUGUCUUCCGAGUUCCGACUAAACAACACCUUCGUCUGAUUGGCGUGUCCUAUUUAUCUUCCACUCUUUCCCCUCUAGUUCUUCUUCACUCUUUUCUCCGGCAGCCUCUGGUUUUGGGAGGCUCGCUCGCAUCAGCAAGUUGGGGAUCUUUCUGCCCAGAGAGUUCUGGGGAUAUGAGGCCGAUGCCUUUCUUGGGGGUCACUUGCUUAUGGAUCCUCUCGUGCGCCUUGCUGCUCGGCGGCGCUUGCUCCGAUGGGUUGCUGAGGAUCAACCUGAGCAAGAAGAGGCUGGAUAAGGAAACCCUAACAGCCGCAAAAUUGGCGAGGCAGGAGACAAAAUUGCUGAGGUCUGACGAUGGAUCUCGCCACUCUCUCGGCCUGUCAGGUGACGACAUAGUUCCCCUGGACAACUACCUCGACACCCAGUACUUUGGAGAGAUCGGUGUCGGCACGCCGCCGCAGAACUUCACAGUCAUAUUUGACACGGGGAGCUCAAACCUGUGGGUUCCAUCAUCGAAAUGCUACUUUUCGAUAGCAUGCUACUUGCACCACAAAUACAAGUCAACCAAAUCGACCACUUACAAGAAGAACGGAGAAACUUGCACAAUUAGCUAUGGCUCUGGGUCAAUUGCUGGCUUCUUCAGCGAGGACAGCGUGUUAGUUGGCGAGCUUGUUGUAAAAAAUCAGAAAUUUAUCGAGACAACCCGUGAAGCAAGUCCUACUUUUAUCAUUGGGAAGUUUGAUGGUAUACUUGGGCUCGGAUUUCCCGAGAUCUCCGUGGGAAGCGCCCCUCCAAUUUGGCAGAGCAUGCAAGAGCAGAAACUGAUAGAGAAGGACAUCUUCUCCUUCUGGCUUAACCGCGACCCUGAUGCAUCCGCGGGAGGUGAACUUGUGUUCGGGGGUGUGGACAAAAAGCACUACAAGGGGAAACACACGUACGUUCCGGUCACUCGCAAAGGCUACUGGCAGUUUGACAUGGGUGAUCUUCUCAUUGGUGGCGAGUCAACUGGCUUCUGUGCUGGUGGUUGCGCUGCAAUUGUCGACUCAGGGACCUCACUGCUCGCUGGCCCAACGACCAUAGUGGCUCAAGUCAAUCAUGCAAUUGGGGCUGAGGGGAUUAUCAGUACAGAAUGCAAGGAAGUAGUGAGAGAGUAUGGAGAGAUGAUCCUCGAGAUGCUUGUAGCACAGACAAGGCCACAGAAAGUGUGCAGUCAGAUCGGUCUGUGUGUAUUUGAUGGUAGUCACUCUGUCAGUAACCAAAUUGAAUCUGUCGUUAAUAAGAAAGAGAAGCGAGGCUCUGAUCUUCUCUGCACUGCUUGUGAGAUGACUGUUGUCUGGAUACAGAAUCAGCUCCGUAAAAACCAAACAGAAGAGCUCAUCUUGCAGUAUGCAAAUCAGCUCUGUGAGCGUCUCCCGAGCCCCAACGGAGAAUCAACCGUCGACUGCCACCAGAUCUCAGAGAUGCCUGAUCUUGCUUUCACCCUAGCAAACAAGACUUUCACCUUGACGCCAGAGCAGUACGUAGUGAGGCUGGAGCAAUCAGGCCAGACAAUUUGCAUCAGUGGGUUCAUGGCGUUCGAUGUACCACCCCCUCGCGGCCCGCUCUGGAUACUUGGAGACGUCUUCAUGGGCGCCUAUCACACCGUUUUCGACUUUGGCGAGAGCAGGAUUGGGUUCGCCAAGUCCGCAUGAGGACUUGUGAAUCCCAUCAUCUCCCGUGUAUCAGGGCUCAGGGCCGGUAUGUAUAUACUGCAAGCACGUGUGAGUUGCAAGGUCAACAAGAAACUUAUUAGUAGAAAGGAACAGAUGAACUUGCUACCAGCAUUUGUAUAGCUAUUUGCUAUGUAUGGCUUGAUAUGGACCUGCACACAGCACACACGAUACGAGGUUGAUGUAAUAAGCACGAUGAGAAUCAUCCUUUAUAAGGCCACUCCCAAUGCACCGUCUCUUAGCAUGGUCUCAUGAGCAGUAGAUAUUUAGAGACAAUUGUCCUAAUGUAUUUUCUUUUGAGUGUUGUAUCUAAAUUAGUUCCCGUUCAAUAGAUUUUGGGAUCAUUUUUACAUUUUUACAUUGUGGCCUAUAUUCAUGGCAAGAACUAACUGGUUUGUGGUUUACAUGAAAAUAUAUUUCCAGUUACCUGAA